CUGCUCCUUGCAAGUAAAAGAUGUGGCCAGCAGGACCCGGCCAUUCGAGAAGAUGCUAUAGAAUAUCCACCUGCAUCAAAUCAUUCAUUCACAGCAAAUACAGUAUAUUCCCCUGACAUGACCUCCUCCCCUGCCCUGGAUGCUAACCCGUUACCCCUCCUUCAGCUUGAGGAGGUGGACUCCAGUAAAGCCACAGAGAGGGUGAGCUCCCCAGGACUUCUGCCUGCUAUGUACAGCCCUCCUGUGGGCAUGGACAGCCACACCAUCUGCAUUCCCUCUCCAUACACAGACAGUAACCAUGACUAUAACCACGGGCACGGACCUUUGACCUUCUACAGCCCCUCCGUGCUGAGCUACACCAGGUCACCCAUCACUGACAGUCCAUCAUCUCUGUGUCCUCCCCUCAGCCCCUCAGCCUUUUGGCCUUCUCACACUCACCAUAAUGUAAAUGUACCUUCACUUACUCUGCACUGCACUCAGCCUCUAGUUUAUAAUGAACCCAGCCCACAUGCACCCUGGUUGGAUCCCAAAGUUCACAGUAUCAGCCCCAGCAGCUCCAUCAUCAGCUGUAACAAGCUGCUGGGAAAGAAAUCUGAAGGAGCGGAAGGAGUGAAAUCCUCAUCGUGCUCAUCUGCGCUAGGGAAAGCCGACAUGCACUUCUGCGCCGUGUGCCACGACUACGCCUCCGGCUAUCACUACGGUGUGUGGUCCUGCGAGGGCUGCAAGGCUUUUUUCAAGAGAAGCAUCCAAGGACACAAUGAUUACAUUUGCCCUGCCACAAAUCAGUGCACUAUUGACAAGAACCGGCGUAAAAGCUGCCAAGCCUGCCGGCUACGUAAAUGCUAUGAAGUGGGCAUGAUGAAGUGCGGGGUGAGGCGUGAACGUUGUGGCUUUCGUGGUGCUCGACACCGUCGCGGUGGACCCCAGCCUCGGGAUACGACAGGUCAGAGUUUGGUAAGGGUUGGACUGGGUUCUCGGGGUCAACGGCAUCUUCACCUGGGGACACCUGAAGACACCUCUGUCCACACUCACUCAAAUCACACGCAUCACUCAACCAUGAACCCAGAGGAGUUCAUUUCCCGAAUCAUGGAGGCAGAGCCGCCAGAGAUCUACCUCAUGGAGGACCUGAAAAAGCCGUUCACUGAGACCAGCAUAAUGAUGACCCUCACCAACCUGGCAGACAAGGAACUGGUUCUCAUGAUCAGCUGGGCCAAGAAGAUCCCUGGCUUUGUAGAGUUGAGUCUAACAGACCAAAUCCACCUGCUGAAGUGCUGCUGGUUGGAGAUCCUCAUGCUGGGCUUGAUGUGGAGGUCGGUGGAUCAUCCUGGAAAACUAAUCUUCUCUCCAGAUGUCAAACUCAGCAGGGAGGAGGGACAGUGUGUGGAGGGCAUCAUGGAGAUUUUCGACAUGCUGCUGGCAGCCACCUCUCGGUUCCGUGAGCUGAAGCUGCAGAGAGAGGAGUACGUCUGCCUGAAGGCCAUGAUCCUCCUCAACUCCAGUCUGUGCACGAGCUCCCCGCAGACUCCAGAAGAGCUGGAAAGCAGAAACAAACUGCUGCAUCUCCUGGAUUCUGUGAUCGAUGCGCUGGUCUGGGCCAUCUCCAAACUGGGCCUAUCCACCCAGCAGCAGACUCUGCGCCUUGGCCAUCUCACCAUGCUGCUCUCCCACAUCCGGCACGUCAGGGAUCAGCAUGGGCGCUCUGACUGGUCUGCAAUUAUUCCUGGCUGGUUCACUAAUGUUCCUUCCUUGGACCACUUUUGA